AUGGCAAGAACCAAGCAAACUGCUCGCAAAUCAACUGGAGGAAAAGCUCCGAGAAAGCAAUUGGCGACAAAAGCUGCAAGGAAAUCAGCGCCGGCCACCGGAGGAGUGAAGAAGCCCCACAGAUUCAGGCCAGGCACCGUCGCUCUCAGGGAAAUCCGUAAGUACCAGAAGAGUACCGAGCUUCUGAUCCGCAAACUUCCGUUUCAGAGACUUGUGAGAGAAAUUGCUCAAGAUUUCAAGACGGAUCUGAGGUUCCAGAGCAGUGCAGUGGCUGCACUUCAGGAGGCUUCGGAGGCUUAUUUGGUUGGUUUGUUUGAGGAUACUAAUUUGUGUGCCAUUCAUGCCAAGAGGGUUACAAUUAUGCCUAAGGAUAUGCAGUUGGCUAGGAGGAUUAGAGGCGAGAGGGCUUAG